CACAAACAUAAGAGAUACUGACUGACACAGUGCAAAGACUUUUCAGACAGUUUAUACUUGUUUAAACACUGUUAUUCAAAAUUCAGAAAUAUACAGUUUAGUGUUGUCUGUAGUGUAUGUUACACACUGAUAUUAAAAAAUAUAAUUUGAUGGAUUUCAAGGGUGGCAGUGCCACAAUACUGCAGUUCCUCUAGCCAGCCACUUGAGGCCGCCUACACAACCAGUCAGUCUCCAUAAGCACCUGUGUAAAAAUGUACAACUUCAAUAAACUCAACUAAUUUACCCGUUCAUGGCUUCAUUCAGCCCGCUUCAGGUUCGCCAAAGAUCCACAUCUUUGCCUAUUUGGAAAUUAGCCAGGAGGGGGCAGAAGCAGGACUGACAAGAUGGCAGUGGUCAGAACCAUCACAAUCUGACAGCUCUUCAGAAACCUGUGGGUGACGUCACUGGAUACGAAGUCCAUGUUUUCACCUGUCUGUGGUGAAGUUCCAGGAUUUUCUCAAGCUUUUUAAUGGGGGAAUCCCAAACUAAGCUAACUGCCUUUGGUAGACUGUGUUAGGUUUUUUGAGUACUUCUGUGGUAAAGCUACUCAUUUACAGUAUGAGCCUGACAAAACUGCCCAAACCAGAUUUUAAACUCAUAAACUCAUGACAUCACUGAUGAAUAGUGAUGAAUAAUAGGGUGAAUAGUUCAAAACCCUUAAUUUAACAAAGUUCAGGUGCAGGAUAGGAAAGGAGUUGCACUCAUACUUUGACUUGCAAAACAAUAUUUUGCAUGUCCAGCUUGAUGAAAAUCUUUUAAAUUGUUUGUGGCUUUUUUUAUGGCAUGCUUCACUAGACUGAAAUGGCAAAUAGUAAAAUAAGUCAAGCUAUUGACAUAUCUAAUUUUGGAUAAAAAAAAUACUUUAUGAAUGCAAUUCAGCAUUCAAAUCAUACACGAUCUGACACACGAUCACUUUCCUCUUCUGUUAAUUUGCAUGCAAUUUGCAACCAAACUCAAAACACAGUGAAACUAAUUGAUGAAUACAGUCCGUCAGUGCUGGUUUACAGAGAGUAUUCCUUGAACACAACACUGUCUAUUCUACCAACUGCAAAUAAAAUGAUAUAUUGUUUAAUCCAGUUUGACAACCAGUAUAUUACAUAAUAAUUUUGUGUACUAGUAAACCCGUAAGUAACCAGCAGGGGAUCUAUUGUGAUGGUGUAAUGCAGGCUUGGUGGGUGUGAACUCCAACCACGUGCUCUGUUAAACACAAGGGGGAUAAUCUCAGAAGCUGACCAAGCAGCAAAUAAACUCUGUGGCUGCUGCUCUGAAGUCCGUCACUCUGCUGUUGCCGUUCCCACAAAUGAUACAGGUCACCGGGGAGCUGAGCACCUUAUCCACAAGUCGGUGAAUAAGUCAAUCAGAAUCUUCAAGCUUCAAAUUAGCUGCUUGACAAGGCGACAAGAAGGUCAACAAGACAAGACAGCACUCAGUGGAGAGACACUGGAUAAUCCAAUAGAGGCUGGAUGGACUAGAAUUAAAGCCUAUUUGACAGAAAAAAAAGAGGUAAAAGGAUUUGGGGGGGAAAUAAUGGAAAGGAAGAGGGCAAAAAAGGAAAAAUGCAAGUCACAAGUGAGGAAACUGUAUGACAGAGGAGAGUGGAAAAAACCUUAGGGAGAGAGAGAGAUAGAGAGAGAGAAGUGUGUGUGUGUGUGUGUGUGUGUGUAGAGUAUGUUCCUCUGUGUCAGGUGUGUGCGUGAGUGUUACUGCUGGUAACCAGGCAGGGACGUACGUCGUCUCAUGAGGACGUGGGGGGAGCGACUUAAUCAGCAAUGAAUACAACUAGAGAAACAUACACAAAGCACUCUGAAAGGGUCUAAUGCUCAGAUAGCACAGCCUCCCAGGUCAGUCGCUGCCAGAAAAAAAUAUCAAAACAAUCCUGGCAACCAAAUUUAGUUCAGACAUAUAACAGAAACGGCUUCUGCUGCUGUUGUUCCCGAUGAUGCCGCCAGUGGAAAUGACUUCUGCUCUCCACCGGACUCUGGAUUUGCUGUAGUAACAAGUUUGGGGCAGCUGUUUGGGUGGCAAUGAUCAGAACAGGCUCUGAUGUCCAGUGUUUUACUUCUUCACCAUAAGGACUGCAGACUGAACUGCCUCAAAGGUAAUUGGCUCACCUUGGACUGUCUUUGGCACUCUGUCUUUACAUACUGUAUCUGCAUGUGUGUUUACGUGUUGCACUGAUAUAAGCCACAGAUGUUUGAUCUAGACAGCACACAUAGAAAACGGAUAAAACUUCUUCUUCUUCAAAGCCCUGUGUAUAAUGUUUGAAAUAUGGAAUGAUUUCAUUACAUAAAGCAACAGACCGAAAGGCUUUUGACUGAGUAAAAGAAAAAAAUAUAUAUAUUUAUAUCUCUAACUAAAAUCACCAAGCAGUCAUGCAGCUAGCUAUGCCUUUUAUUUAGACACCGUAUCAAGGUGCUGUCAUCGUUGAGCAACCUUGUCUGAUGUCAGCAGAAGAUAAGAAGCGAGGACAUUUCCAUGGAAGCCUCCAUGGACAUCUGUAUCUUUGGUGCUGUUUUCAAGAGCAACAUAGCUUUGGCAGCGUGAAGGGGGAGGCUUUACUGAUGCAGGAUUAUUCCUUAGGGAGAUUGUUCUCUGCUCUUAAGAGGGUACUGGGAUAUAAGAUCCUCCGAUACGCUCUAGUCUCCAGUCUGCUUAAUAAAGAAUUAUGUCUCAUUUAAACUGUUUAGAAUUGGGAAAUAUUGACUACAAUUAGGACUUUAUCACAAUGAAUAUUUGUGAGAGAAGCGAGCUUGAUGUCAAGUAUUACGAAGGUUUUGGCAGUUUUUUUGUUUUUUUACAAAGGCUACAGUUACUACGCAUCAGACAUAAACUUCUAUAAUGUUAAAUGUUGACAGCUGCAAUUUGCCCUGAGAUUUCCUUAGAUUAACAAAAUGGACAUAAACAGGCUAUAUUGAUUUGUUUAUGAACUUGAAUAUCAGAAGUACAUAACACUUUUUCUCCUUGGGCUCGUCACCCAAAAGGUGGCUCUAUAUCUAAAACUAUGAAACAUCAGAGGCUUAGAGAUUCCUUAUGAAUAAUUAUUUCAUCUAUUAUCCAGUCAGCCUGAAACCUUUUGGGUGUCAUCAUGUCUUACAAAAAUGUUGUUUGUUUACUUAAUGCUAUCUGUUGUACCUUGCACAUUUAGCUCAGUUUUCAGCCGAUCCACAAAGACUUGUUCAGUGAGUCUCUAUAGCAUGUUUCAAUUAAAGUUGCAUUUGCCUUUAUUAUUGCUCACAAUGAAUUGUUUUUACCGGAAUGAAAAUAAAUGAAACAAAGUGCUUGAUUUAUGAAGUAAGUAUAGACAUUCACAAUUACCAACACUUAUCUCAAGAUAUUCUUUUGUAAGUAAAUAAAAUCUAUUUGUACAGCACUCGCAAAGUGCUUUAACACGGGCAAUACAAUUUAAAGCAAAAAAGUCAUGUUGUUAUCACAAUACACAAUGGAAUAAGAUAAGAUGCAGACUGGUGUACACAGGCUACCCAAACACUCGUCUAAACAGGUAUGUCUUUAGCUAUCCUUUAAAAGAAUCCACAGGACCAGGAGCCUCUGCAGACAGAGCAGUCCAUCAUUUUGGUGCUAUGGUUUCCAAAAGCUCGAGCACAGGUCUUAAGGAGGAUGCUGGGACACAUAGCGAGUUUAACACAUUUGCCCUGAGAGAGCGAGCUGAAAAUUAUGGGUGAAGUAGCUCAGCCGUAUAUGCAGGAGCCUGACUAUGCAAUGCUCUGUUAGUAAGUGUGAUAAUUUUAAACCGGAUCUGAUGAGCCACAGGGAGCCAAAAAAAACCUUACCCCUGAACUUAAAGCUAAUUAAGUUAAGGGUCAGUUCACAGUCAGACUGUCUAUUCAACCUUGUGUGUAGUCGUGUCUGCAAAAUGUAUCAACUCUUCCCUAAUAAUAUGGAGUAAAAGAAAGCUAUCAAUGUCUUUCAAGUUUCGAGGCCACCAAAUUUUAUUCACAUUUGAGACAGGAGCAGUCUGCAGCCAAUCUGCAGCCUCACUGCUAGGUGCUACUAAAUCCCACACACUGGACCUUUAAAUGGUUAAUUUUAGUACCCUAUACUCAACUCACCGUAUAUUUUGCAUCCAUUUUUCCUAUGCUUCCUUUAAUGGGUUUUGUUUUGGCUGGGGCGAAAAAUAGAGGAAGAACAGCUCUCUACAGGUGAAAGAUCGGUUGAAAUUCUACAUACUUCAGAAAUGCUACUUUAAAUAUUAUGUUUCAGAAUAAUGAGACAAUCCGAGACAAUGUGUUGCCAGUUAAACAUCACAUCUCAGAUGAUAUUAAUAGAUCAAAUUUGGUACACUAAACUACAUUUCUUGAGCUAAGCUAAAAACUGGCUUCAUCAAUUAGUGCUAACCUACAUAUUUAACCCUAUUUAACAUCCCUCAGGGGUCCAGGACCCUAUUGCAAAUAUCUAAUCUGGAUUUCUUUAUUGCAGGAGUUUUAUCUGUGGUGGUGCUGUCUGGAAACUUCGAAGCAGGGUUAUUAUGCUCCAGCUUGAAGGGACGAAAUGCAGCUUUGUGUUGUGCCUGGGGAUGAGUAUUACUAUCUGUUCAGUCAUUUAUUUAAGGACCAGGAUGCUAACAGAACCCAAGCCAACAGAGCUCAAGCUGGAUACUCCAAGUUGCAGACCCUUCUCCGAUGAAUGCAAAGCUUUUCUGCCUGGCACAGAGGAGAGAGUAGAGUGGCAUCGUCGUGACUGCCAGGUCCAAAGCUAUAUUUUGAAUAGUCGCCUGCAGUGUUCCAAUCUAACUAGAGACCUACACUUCAUCACAAGACCUUUGAGUCGUGAGGAGGAGGACUACCCUUUAGCAUUUAUUGUGAUCGUUCACAAGGAGCUGGAGCUUUUUGUGCGCCUCUUGAGGGCCAUUUACAUGCCACAAAAUGUCUACUGCAUUCAUGUGGACGCUAAGGCUCCGUGGGAGUACCAGGAGGCUGCACGAAAGCUAGUCAGCUGCUUUAAAAAUACCUUCCUCUCCAGCCACAGCGAGACAGUGACCUAUGCUGGGUUUUCCCGUCUGCAAGCAGAUUUGAACUGCAUGAAGGACCUAGCAAAGUCCAGAAUAGGCUGGAAGAAAGUGGUGAAUCUCUGUGGACAGGAUUUCCCCGUCAAGAGCAACCUGGAACUGGUGCGGUACAUGCAGAGCAAAGAGUGGAGGGAGAGAAACAUGACACCUGGGGUCAAGCAGCCGGUGUCUAUGAGGUAUAGGACACAGAUCCAGCAUGAGGAGAUCAUAGGAUCACACGUAGCCUCGAAAGGACUGAAGAAAGGUCCUCCUCCACACAAUCUGCAAGUUUAUUUUGGAACAGCCUACUAUGCUCUCACAAGGGCUUUUGUAGACUUUGUUCUGAAAAGCCCAAUAGCCCACGACCUCUUGGAGUGGUCCAAAGACACUUUCAGUCCAGAUGAGCACUACUGGGUGACACUCAACCACAUCAAAGAAGCUCCAGGCAGCCACAUAGAUGGAGGCUGGGCAGGAGACAUCCGGGCAAUCAAGUGGAGGGAUCAAGAGGGACGGGUGCACGAUGGCUGCAAAGGGCAUUACAUACGAGAUAUCUGCAUCUAUGGAGUGAAAGACCUGCCAUGGAUCAUCACCCGGAACAGCAUGUUUGCCAAUAAGUUUGAGAGUAAUAGCUUUCCAGAGGCACUGGACUGCCUGGAGCAAUGGCACAGAAACAAGGUGUUGAGCCAAGCAACUGUUCCUAUCGAGCCAUCAAUGCUGCUGGCCACACCGAGUAACUCAAACAGCACCUACUUCAACAUCAGUGGAGCUGGAGCAUGAAAUCCCUGUUGGUGUCCUCAAUGAAAGUCUACAUGCAGCUGAGAUUAUUUGCACUCGUUCAGUGCUGUGAGUGUCAAAAUGCGAGGAAGCCAAACUGAGAAUGGCAGAAUGAUGCACUGUGCACUUUGCAUGGCCUCUGUUCAGACGUGUGUUUGUCUAGGCGAUGGUGGUUCUGAAUGGUUGUUGUUUUUGAUAAUCAGAAGACUGAAAUAUCUUUACGGUAAACUAAUGCUGUUAAACCAAAACUAUAACAUAUCCAAUUAAAAACAUACAGAUCAUAUUUGAGAGAACUACAGGGACAAAGUAUUAAAAAAACUACUUCAUAUUGUUAAAUUUAAUAUUGUUCGGUGUGGGCCCAGUUAAAAAUCUUGUUGAAAUCUUGUCUAUUGUUGUUGUUUUUUAUCUGUUCUUCUGUUUUUUGGGGAGUGGCAGGGGUAAACAAACAAAUAAAGAUAACUACUACAA